GGUGGGGGGAGGCGUAGACGGCGCUCCUCCGUGCUCACAAAGAUGAGGCGGAGUUGUGGACGGUUUCGAUAGAAGCGGAGCUCCUCUUCCCUCAGUCACCUCAGUAUUGGGCUUAAAAACAAAGACAGAAAAAGGCAGAGACUCUCCGGCGCCUGAACGCAGCAGCCGGUGAACUGUGAGCCAUAUGAGUAACGACAACACGGACGCUUUUGUCCCGGAUUGCUCGACUAGACUCGGUCUCCUCUCGCACUGCGGGCUGCCUGCGCUGCCCUACGGCUGAGAGCCCGGCGCUGGACCGGACCGGCGGGACUCGCUGUGUUCGCCCGCAACAUUAACCAGACCUUCACCUCCGUCAACUAGCAUUUCCUUCCCGUUUUACUCAAAUGUACACUCUCGCGUUGUUUUAUUGUUAGUUCUGCGUGCUGUUUUUAUGUUGUCAGUACAGGUAGCUUAGCUGACUAGCUGAAUGUGAACACUGUAGCAGCGUUAGCUGGAAUGCUAAUCGGUUAGCUCCCUGGCGUUGUUUUUAAACGAGACUCUAACGUUACUUAGCUCGAGCUAGCUACCCGAGCUGUGGCUUUGUAACAGGCUACAGUAUGUAGGAAGACGUUGUGUUUAACGCGAAUGAAACUCUGAGGUCCAUGGGGUUAUAAACACAUUAUAGCUGUCUGUUGUUGACGAUAAGACAGCGACGAGAGUCCUGGGUAACUAUUCUUCGCAGCACAAUCGCAUUUAGUUAGCUAGCUAAACAGUGCGCUAGUCAGCGCUUAUGACUACUUAGCUUGAAGACUGUUGGUACGGCUUUUUAUUUAACAGGCUGUUUUAAAGGAGUGUUAGCUUGUGGUUACUGUAUGCUUGCAAAGUUGUAAGUGACUGGAGGGGUUUCGGUUUAAUCUGCUGGGUUUCUUUGCUCUUUCUCAUGAGGAGAGCUGUUGUGUGACGUGAACACGUUUCCCUCCCUCGAAACAACGGGAGUCUGGACCUAGCUGCCCGCCUCUGGAGGGGGAUUUUUACACUGUGUUUGUCGCUUUUUGGAUAAAGCUGAGGGAUUUACACGUACCGACACUCCUCCAUUCCUCAUCCCCGUCUUCUCCCUCCACCGUCUCUAAUGCAGAGAGCCUGAGUGGCGCCGGUAUCCUCCCCCCCGGCCAUGCUGAAGUGUAUCCCCUUGUGGCGGUGCAACCGCCACGUAGAAUCGGUGGACAAGCGGCACUGCUCUCUGCACACCGUGCCCGAUGAGAUAUACCGCUACAGCCGCAGCCUGGAGGAGUUACUGCUCGAUGCCAACCAGCUGAGAGAACUGCCCAAGCCCUUCUUCAGACUGCUGAACCUGCGGAAGCUGGGCCUGAGUGACAAUGAAAUCCAGAGGCUGCCUCCUGAAGUGGCCAACUUCAUGCAACUGGUGGAGCUGGACAUCUCCAGAAAUGACAUUUCUGAUAUCCCGGAUAGCAUUAAGUUCUGUAAAGCUCUGGAGAUUGCAGACUUCAGUGGAAACCCGCUCUCUAGAUUGCCUGAUGGCUUUACGCAGCUUAGAGCACUAGCCCACCUUGCACUCAAUGAUGUGUCACUACAGUCACUACCGAAUGACAUAGGAAACUUGGCUAACCUGGUAACUCUAGAGCUGAGGGAGAAUCUACUGAAGUCUUUACCCACCUCUCUGUCUUGCCUGGCGAAACUGGAACAGCUAGAUUUGGGCAGCAAUCAACUGGAAGUGUUGCCGGACACAGUGGGGGCGCUGUCCAACCUUCGUGAGCUGUGGUUGGACAGGAACCAACUCUCCUCACUACCUCCAGAGUUGGGAAAUUUGCGACGCCUGGUUUGUCUGGAUGUGUCGGAGAACCGGCUCACGGAAUUGCCCUCUGAGAUCAGCGGCCUCAUCGCCCUCACUGACCUGCUUCUCUCACAGAACCUCCUAGAAGUCGCGCCUGACAGCAUCGGCUCCUUGAAACAGUUGUCCAUUUUCAAAGUGGACCAAAAUCGCCUGGUUCAUUUAACUGACUCCAUUGGAGAGUGUGAGAACCUGACGGAACUUAUGCUGACAGAGAACCUCCUACAGUCCCUCCCUCGCUCCCUGGGGAAGCUGAAGAAGCUGACCAACCUGAAUGUGGACCGUAAUCGUGUGAGCAGCGUGCCAGCAGAGCUGGGUGGCUGUGCCAGUCUGAACGUGCUCUCGCUCAGAGAUAACCGAGUGGGCAAACUGCCUGCUGAGCUUGCCAAUGCCACUGAGCUACAUGUACUGGAUGUGGCAGGAAACAGGUUACAAAAUUUGCCUUUUGCGCUGGCCAAUCUAAACCUGAAGGCUAUGUGGCUGGCAGAGAACCAGUCUCAGCCCAUGCUGAAGUUCCAGACCGAGGACGAUGAGCGUACAGGAGAGAAAGUUCUCACCUGCUACCUGCUGCCCCAACAACCAACACCCAGCUUGGAGAACCUGCUGCAGAGCAGCGUGGAUGAAAGCUGGCCCACAGACACUAAUCUGAACAGGGUGUCAGUCAUCCAGUUCCAGGAGGAAGCCAAACCUGAGGAGGAGGAUGAAGAGUCUGCUGCAGAGAGAAAGCAGGGUCUCCAGAGGCGAGCCACUCCUCACCCCAGCGAACUGAAGGUGAUGAAGAAUGUGAUCGAGGCAAGAAGAAAUGAAGCAUACACGUCUAAGCCAGAUGAUGAUGAUCUGGAGUGUCCAGACAAUGAGGAGAAACGAUCAAGUCGUCUCUCCAACCAGAGCCAUGAUUCCCAGGCCUCCAACAGCACUGCCUCAGCCAAUUCUCAUGACGAGAAACGUGGAGUCAACUUUGUUGGGGUGGAACUUAAUGAUAAACAUGACCAGGAGCAGGAGGAAGAGGAACUUGAUGAGAUGGAGGUGGAAUAUAUUGAGCCUACUGUGCACUUUGCUGAGGAGCCCAUUAUUCGGGGCGGUGAUGAGGAAGACGAGGAUGAAGAUGAUGAUGACGAAGACGCUGCCAACAGGAGCGAUGAAGAGUCGCAGCCACCUCCGUUCCCUGCCGAGAAACAGCGGCUCAUCCGCAAAGACACGCCACACUACAAGAAGCACUUCAAGAUCACUAAGCUGCCCAAGCCUGAGACAGUGGCUGCCCUUCUUCAAGGCUUCAGCCCUGAUGGUCUGCCUCCAUCUGCACGCACAACUGAGGAGGAGAGAGAUGGGGGGGAGGAGGAGGAGGAUGAAGAGGAUGAGGAGGGUGUGACAGCCAACACCCCUCUACUGCAGAGACUGGAAGCGGCUGAGCUGGACGACAGCAGGCUGACUCAGGUGAACUCCUCGCUUCAGCCGGUGAAGGGGGUGUCAUUUGAUCAAGUCAAUAAUCUGCUGAUUGAGCCUGCUCGAAUUGAGGAGGAAGAGCUGGUCCUGACCAUCCUGAGACAGACUGGUGGAUUAGGCAUCAGCAUAGCUGGAGGAAAAGGAUCUACUCCGUACAAGGGAGACGACGAGGGGAUCUUUAUCUCCAGGGUGUCAGAAGAGGGCCCUGCUGCACGAGCUGGGGUCAAAGUGGGAGACAAAUUACUUGAGGUAAAUGGCGUAGAUCUGCAUGGGGCAGAGCACCACACAGCGGUAGAGGCGUUGCGGAGCUCGGGAACAGCAGUGACCAUGACUGUGCUUCGUGAGCGGAUGGUUGAACCAGAGAACCCUAUCACUACUACUCCUCUGAGGCCAGAGGACGAUUACUUCCCCCGUGAGAGGAGGUCCAGCGGCCUUCCCUUCCUCCUGGAGUCUGACUCCACUGCUGUUAGCACGGGCCCCUGUCAGCGCUUAGCCACCUGCUUGGUCCGCAAUGACAAGGGCUUAGGCUUCAGCAUCGCUGGGGGCAAAGGCUCAACACCAUAUCGGACAGGAGACACAGGAAUCUUCAUCUCUCGCAUUGCUGAGGGAGGGGCUGCUCACAGAGACAACAUCCUCCAUGUGGGAGACAGGGUCAUUUCUAUCAAUGGUGUAGACAUGACAGAAGCCAGACAUGACCAGGCAGUAGCGCUGCUUACCGGCACCUCCCCCACCAUCACCCUGCUGGUCGAGCGGGACCAGGCGAGCGCGGGCGGCUCUUCGCCCCGAACGCGCCCCCACUCACCCCCUCCUCCAGAGCCCUCUGACUCCCCCGAGCAAGAGGAGGCUGGAGACGAGCACCUGGGAAACCAUCUCAGUUGCCCAAUGGAGGACGAGUACCCCAUAGAGGAAGUGACAUUGGUCAAAACAGGUGGCCCUCUGGGGCUGAGCAUCGUGGGUGGGAGUGACCAUGCCAGCCACCCAUUUGGCAUCAGUGAACCAGGCGUGUUCAUUUCAAAGGUCAUCCCUAAUGGUCUAGCCUGUCAGAGUGGGCUACGAGUGGGCGAUCGGAUACUAGAGGUGAACACCAUUGAUCUGCGACAUGCCACGCACCAGGAGGCCGUGAAAGCUCUGCUCUCCAACAAGCAGGAGAUCCGCCUGUUGGUCCGCAGAGACCCUUCACCCCCCGGCAUGCAGGAAAUUGUGAUUCACAAACAGCCAGGAGAGAAGCUGGGAAUCAGCAUCAGAGGAGGUGCUAGAGGACAUGCAGGCAACCCCUUUGACCCUACAGAUGAGGGUAUCUUCAUCUCCAAGGUGAGCUCCAGUGGUGCUGCCGCACGAGAUGGCCGCCUGAAGGUGGGCAUGAGAAUCCUAGAGGUGGGCAAUCACAGUCUCCUGGGCAUGACUCACACAGAAGCAGUCAGGGUUUUGCGUGCCACUGGAGAUACGUUAGUCAUGCUGGUGUGUGACGGCUUCGAUCCCAGGAACGCGCCAGGCAUUGAGGCAUCCCCAGGUGUGAUCGCUAACCCAUUUGCAUCAGGGAUUGUCCGAAAGAAUAGCAUGGAGAGCAUCUCUUCAAUAGACAGAGACCUGAGCCCAGAGGAGAUGGACAUUAUGCAGAAGGAGGUUGAGAUGGUGAGGGAGACGUCUCAGUGGGAGCGAGAGGAGAUGGAGAAAGUGGAGCGAAUGCGCUUGGAGCGCGAGGAAGCUACUCGCCUGCUGGAGGAGGAAACUGAGAGCUUGAGCACUGGACCUCUGAAACUGGACUACAAAACACUGGCAGCCCUUCCUACAACCAGUCUACAGAAAGUGAAUCGGUUCUGUCCUUCCUCUGCUGAAUCCUACCCCAUGGAGACUGCUCUUCAGGCCAGGCAGACUGGCUCUAUAGAACACCAUGGCUUUGAGAAAGCUCAUGCCACAUUAUGUCAUGUAGAUGCUCCUGUCCUUCCCUCGUCCUCACCCUGCCCAGUUACGAGCUCAGCGGCUCCCAAACAGUCGCCAGUCAUGCAGGACCCUGUUCCCGCACCAGUUGCACAGGAAAUACAAGAGGAGGAGCGUUUAGUGGACUCUCAGCCCAUCUGUUUCAGUGAAAAUCCCUUCCUGAUAGCUAAUCGCAAGAGCAAGGGCCGUCCUCGUGAGGAGUGCAUCCUUUCAGGGCCGCCCACAGGCUAUGGCAGGCAGGGGCAGCUUCAGACCUGGUUGUAUAACAAGGCUCCAUCUACUGAGGCCCAAAGGAUUGACAGUCCUGUCCGAGAGCCACUUUACUCCCCCACUUCUCACCUGCCAUCCCAUCAUCAGUCCUCAUCCUCAGCCCCUCUGGCCCUGGGCAGAGAGACACGAUUCGCAAGCAUUCAUUUCACCUCCCAUGCGACUGCCAAGGACCAUUCCUCAACCAAGCCUGGUGCCAUCCAGCCCAUCUCCCGGGUGCGGCCUGCUAUGUCACCAGCCAGUCAGGAUGGCCACAGUAGUCCCAACCCUUUCCAGCAUGGCCCCUCCCCCAUCAACUCCCAGACCACUCCUCGUGCCCCUUCCCCUGACACUUUCGACGAAUUCCCCAUCAAUAUCAAGCAGGCAUAUAAGGCCUUCGCAGCUGUGCCCCACACCUUGGCCGUGCUGGAGCCUCCGCAGGAUCUGUAUGGCCAGAGGAACAAUAUCCACCCAAAGCAGCCAUCACCAGAGCCUGAGCUGUGUAAUGAGGUGUUUGUAGAGGAGGUUGAUGGCAAGGGUCGUGGCCUCCUCACCCCUCGCCCCUCCUUAUCGUCUGACCGGCGCGAGUACAGGAGUCUGGCAGCUGUGCCACGCCUGUCUCGCCCCUCUCUGGAGUCGAAGACCCCCUCGCCAUGCGGGAGAGGCAGCCCAGAACAGCGUUCAUUUAGAGACCGGCAGAAGUACUUUGAAAUUGAUGUGAAGCAGCAGACGCCAGAUAGCAAGCCCAAACCUCGUGUUUCACUCGUGGGGGAGGAUGAUCUAAAGAAAAUGAAGGAGGAGGAGGCAAAGAGAAUUGAGCAGAGAGCACGAGACUAUUUGCUGGAUGAGGAUGAGGAUGAGGAAGAGGAGGAUUUGGCUAAGCAAGUGGCAGCUAUGAAGGCCCAAGGCAAGGUGAUCCUGGAUGGAGUGGAAUACAAGGUGGAGUCUGUUGGCAGCCACGCUUCUACUCCGCCCAGGCAGUGUGCCACGCCUCCAAGCUACAGUGCCACACCUCCCAGCUACUGCGGCAGCUCAGGACCUUCCUCUGUAGAUGGUAAGGGUGAUUCCCAGCGCAAUUCUAUGGAGGACAGCUUUAGACUGGAGCAGAGACCCAACUCCAUGACAGGUCUGAUUCCUGUCUAUUCUGCUGAGUCUGCGGCUCCCAUCCGGACAGCCAAGGCUGAACGCAGGCACCAGGAGCGGCUGCGCAUGCAGAGCCCAGAGCUUGCAGUGGCUACAGACAGGGAGCUCUCACCUGCGGAGAAAAGAGCCCUGGAGGCUGAGAAGAGAGCCAUGUGGAGAGCAGCCAGGCCUUAUGGUCUAGAGGAGGACGUUAGGCAGUAUGAGCAAGACCUGGCCAAGAGGCUCUACCAGUCGCGUGUGAGGGCGUCGUUAGGCAGCGCUGCAUACCCUCCCGCUUCCUGCUCCUCUUCCUCUUCCUCUCAGCCCAGGAUGAAAUCUCUAGAGCAGGAUGCACUCAAGGCUCAGAUGGUCAUUGCUAAGUCUAAGGAGGGCAGAAAGCGGGGGACCCUAGACCAGUUAGCAGAGUCUCCCUCUCCUGCUCCCACGCCCUCACCCACCCCUAUGGAAGAUGUCAGUCCACGGGCUGUGACGUCACCGGGUCGACUGUCCCUGUCAGAAAAGAAGUUUGACUACCGACAGUUCGCUGCCAUUCCUUCUUCCAAACCCGUAUACGACAUUCAGUCUCCUGGUGCCACAGAUGACCUUCACUUCAUCGAUGAUGCCUCCAAUAACCCAGCUUCCUACAUAGAUGCGGAGGUGCCGGUAGCUCCUGUUGCGGCCACGUCUGCUCUGGAGGAGAUGGCUCUGUACAGCAACAAGCGCAAACUACGACAAGGCAGGCGCAGUCUGGAGACGCCUGUUCCCACAUAACCACAUCCACACACGUUUACACACACACACACAUACAUUCACACAUGAUGCAGAUAAGGAGGGUAGUUCACAUUAAGUAGCGAUGCUAAGAGGUAUAAACUAAACUAAAAUAACAUGCAUUCACAGACAUUCAACCACUCUAUCUACAGUGCCGACCAUCAGAAUGACAGGUUAAGAAAACACUACAGCUUCUUGUCUCCUGCACACCAGUCUGGCCUUUACAGUUGGCAUAGAUGCAGAGGACUCAUCCUCCUCUCUAGCAGAUGGUGGGGGUGACAAACAUCAUAAAAGACAAUGUUUUAUUUUAUUUUUUUCUCUUUUUCUUCAGUUUGCGUUUUAGAAGCUGAAUUAUUUUUAAAAGAUGCUGUUUGGGGUUCCUUUUUAAUACUUCAGUUUUAAAUCUCUACUGAUUUUAAUGUUAAAAAAAGUUGGAAAUUAAAAAAAAAGAUGUAAAUGAAUUCAUUUUUUUUCAAUAGCAUUUCUCCCAGGAGAUCAUUUGAAAAGAGAGAAUUCUGCUACCUUCACUGCCCCAUACAGACUAGAAUGGUUCUGGUCCUACUUUCUGAUUUUAAAACAUACAUCUUGAACAUCUUAUGCGUAACUUAUUACUGUAAUAUACCCUCUCAUUUGUGGGCAGCCUUCCAUUUGCAGCUUCUAUUAGCAUUUUACAAGAUGAUUAACUCAUCAUCAUUGGGGAUACAAAUACCAUGCACCUAUGAGGCAUAAAGCUUUAUAUCAACUUCAUGACCAUAUCAAGUGCAAAAUAACAAUUUCAUCCAGUAUUUUCUAUCUGUAAAGUGAUACAAAUGAAUGUACUUUUGUUUUCUGACAUUUAAAGCAAUUUAAAAACUGUCCACAUAAAUAUCAUUUAUAUGUAGCAUCUGCCAGGUCUCCUUUAAGCAUGAGCUUAAACCAAACUAAAUGGCUCUCUAGUUGAUCUGAAUCAGGACUAAGAGAAUAAAGCCUACAAAAGACAUCAAUUUUAUAACUUUGGGGAAAAAAAACUUGGAUAAAAAUUAACUUGCUCUUCAAGUGCUCUGGUUACCUAAUCAUGAAUUCUCAAAGGUCCUCACUUUUGGGUUUCUUUACUUCUUGGACCAUGUUGGCAUGUUAUUUUCUGGAACAUUCCUGUCACCUUGACUAUAUAUACAUGCUAAAAAAACAACCCUUAGACAUACACUUUGUCCAAAUGUGCAAAUCCAAUCUCAGACCCUGAACUUUAAUGCGCCAUUCUUAAGAGAAGGUCCAUCUUGUCAGCUCCAUCAAAAUAUGGUACCAUGCUUUCUAUUUAUGUAAAACUGGGGUUGGGGGACUUUGUUCAUUUGGUUUUUGUUUCCAUGUAAAUCAUGCUCAUAUCUUUUGUCUCUGGGGCGGCUACUCCAGACAGGCAUGUGAAGGUAGUAGAUUAUAUUUUGACUAUACUACUCUUUUUUUUCUUUUCUCUUUUCAAUCUAAUUUUUGAUUUAAUUUAAAUCUGAAGCCACUGAAAUUCUUAUCGUUGUGUGAAUAAUGUACAAAAUGCUGAGAGAAGCAAAAAUCCAAGUUGAAACUGAGCCAGUCUGCACCACGACCAUUUGCCUGGGUGGCAUACGUAAUUCAGACAUGGUCUAGACUGGGUGCUCCUUGCAUGUAUAUUGGCUUUGUUGCAAAUUUUCUUCCAAUCCUGGGUUAAGAAAAGAGAAUCUUUUCAUCCCUCUCUAGAACACAUUAUUUGACCGUUCUCAAACCCAUUCAAAUGUUCUAUUACUUAAGCUGCCAUCUACACUGUGGUCAGAUGACUGCCAUGUCAAACAAUGUUUUUAAUUUAACUUUACUAAUCUUAGCUUUUCGUGUUGCUCUUGCUAACUGAAAUUCAGUUUUGGAUGAUAACACUUUGGGAAUGGCUGAUCAUUUAUUGUAUUUUUUUAAGGACAAGUAGAAAUCACGUUUUCAUGUAAUUAUUGGGAUUCACUACAUUUUUGCAGCAGGACAGUUGUUUUGGUCUCUCCCUUUUUGGUUGUUGUUCUUGAUUUCGGGUGGGGGGAGGGGGCUUUUUUGCUAAAUGGGUCGAGGGAGGGGCUGAAGGCUGGGGAUAGAGCUCAUUCAGGACUGUAACUAGUGAAUUUGUACAACCAAAGAAGUCUAUUUUGUGGUUCAGGAAUAAUAAAGUUUACUUUUCAUUUAACGAGC